CUAAAAUCAGCUGUUUAACGUUAAAGGGAAUGUAUAUAUAUAGAGAGCGAUUUUCAACAAUUUCACAUAAUUUAGUUAAUAAUUUAGAUUAAUAUAAACUCAUGGUUUAUGUUUCCGGAACGUACUUAGCAGAAUGUUAAUAAUUCACCAAUGUUAUCAGCGGCUAGAUGAUUGAGCAGGUAGCGGCAAGUUGUGCAUCAUCGACUAUGAAUGACCCAACAGAAGAUGGGAGUCGUUGGGUCAUUGUUCUCGGGUCAUUCUUUGUACAGUUUAUAGUGUGUGGGAUCACAUACAGCCUUGGGAUCUUCCAGGUUGUGUUUCAGGAUGUUUUCUCUGAGGAUCAUUUUGACACCUCAUGGGCAGGAUCGAUUCUACUGUAUGUUACUGCACUUACUAGUGUUGUGUUCCGUUGUUUUAUGAGCAAGUUUGGGAGCAGAGUAUGUGUUAUGCUAGGUGGUCUGAUUGCAGCAGGAGGUCUCGCAUUGUCUGUCUUUGUUAAUGACGUGUUUCAGCUUUAUCUUACAUACGGCCUCAUGACAGGGGUGGGUUUUGGCCUGGCCUGCACACCAUCUAUAAUGAUUAUAGAACAGCACUUUCACAGACGAAGGUUCAUGGCUAUCAGUCUUGCUGUCGGAGGGGUCGGAAUGGGCAUUAUUGCAUUUCCAUUCGUUAUCAAGCACCUGCUGGAGUAUUACGCAUGGCGGGGAACUCUGCUCAUCCUGGCAGGAUUUGCAUUCAAUCUUUGUGUAUGCGGUGCUGUUAUGUUUCCGGUACAUAAAUCUAAAGAAGUGCGAUUAUUACCCUUACUGUCAUGUGUACCUCUUAGAAACCCGAUAUUCCACGGGUUGUGUAUUAGUAAUUUCUUCUGGAGCUUUGGAUCAACAAUCGUGUACAUGUACUUGCCGGCUUAUGCCAUUUACGAACAUACAGACUUAGAGAAUUCGUUCUUACUUGUAGCAUGCAUUGGAAUUGCCAGUUUCACAUCAAGGUCAAUCUUUGCAUUCAUGGGGAGAAAGAGUGCUUUGGACGAUGUAACAGCUGUUCUAUGCUCAGUUACAUUAGGAGUUGUUCUGACAGGUGUGUCGCCAAUGUUAUUUGAAAAAUAUGCAGGACAAAUCGCUUUUACAUUGAUAUUUGGAUUUUACAGCGGGUACUGGACUACUUUUCUGUCUCAGAUUUCCAGAGAGCUUGUAGGGCCCGAGUAUAUUGCAAUGGGAAAUGGAUACCUGAGCUUUAUGAUAGCUGUCGGAAGUCUGCUGGGCGGGCCCUGUGCAGGAAUACUCAUUAGAGAGAAAGAGGAGUUCCGAUAUGCCUUUUAUAUGGCAGGAGCAUCUUUGAUCUGGAGCAAUGUGAUAUUACUAUUAUUUAAAUUCAAACGUUGUGGACCACUCCCAUCAACAGAAGGGGCACGUGGCCCUUCUAAGGCCCCACUUCUUGAUGAUGUGUAUGUGCCAGUGAAAGUGAUGACUAGUAAAGGGGACCAAGUUUUAGUUGAUGCUGUCGUUAGCACUGUGUAGCUCCACACUGUCAUGUAUAUAGUGAUCAUUCCCUGCACCUCAUCACCAUUCUCAGUACAGAUGCACCGAAUUUAGUACAUGUGCACCUAACAUUUGUGUCUGUAGUGAAUCCCACUGAUGCUGCAUACUACCUAUCCCAGGAUACUUGUAACAGAGGGACAGUUACAGAAGAACAGAUGAAAUAUUAAUAUUUUCAAUUAUAACAGUAUUAUAAGGAGUGCAUGCUAAGUUUUUCCUGUGAUAACAUUCUUGCAUGGGUGUGCUUACAUUUGAAAUAAAUGUGUGUGUUUUUUCUUUCAAUAAGCAUCUGAGGUCAGUUUUCACAUAAUUUAGUCAUACAUAUUGAAAAUGAUUGUGUAAAACCAAAAUCUGAAGUGCUAAUUGAGAAGAUUUACUUGUAAUGAGCAGCUUUAUUUAUGUUGAAAAUAUUUUAACAGAUGAAGUUUCUUGUUUGUAGAAAUUUGCUACAUGAUUUGUGUACAUAUAAGUAUGAAAUCAACCUUUCCUAUGUGCACUUAUUAAAAAGAUGCCACAACACUUAACCUCUGGUGACACUUAGUUGCCAUGCAACAUAAUAGGUCAAAGGAAGACAAGCUUAACUGGAUAAAAGCACAUUCAGGCUGUUUAGAGAUUAUGCUUAAGCUCUCAAAAAGGCAAAAAGCACUUAGGCCAAACAGAUUGAAGCGCUCAAGGCUGCCAGAUCUAUGCACUUAAGCUUGCGAAGCAAAAGCCCUCAAACCAGAAGCAUGCAUGCUAGAUUUAAAACACUCUUUGAGUUUAGGCUACAGUGUUCCAGCCUGAAGCACGUCAUGCACAUUCAAACUGGAAGCAUUGCUGCCUGAUGCACACCUUCCACCCAUUGAUCUCUUCAUUCCUCAUGACAGUAACAUUUAUUGCUGUAAAGUAGUAUGAUACCGUAUUUUCCAGACAAUAGGCCGAAGCCUAAACAUUUUAAAAAAUGAAAUUUUCAGUGGUGCUGCCUAUGCGUCGAAGCCUAUACAUCAAUUUAUUUUUUCUAAAUGGGCCUUUCAUUCGGCCUGUAAAUAAUAUCAGUAUUACAUCUUGGUACUGGAAAUAGAUUUUAACAUGAAAUCAGUAUGUUUUAUGUUCAUUAUUCAAAGAAUUCCCAUCUUUGUAAAAUCUUCACGAAAGACAAACUGUGAAAUUAGCCCAGUUGUUUCGCAUCUUUAAUGUUCUGGAGACAAAAGAUGAACAGACACAAACAGACAAUUACCUGUAUUGAGUCAAAUAUUUGUAAUAUGAUUACCAAACAGAACAGUGUUUUCCAUUACAUACGUCAAAGUGGCGACCAACAAACUGAUUUCCAUUCUCUUCAGCGUAUGCAACCAAACAAUUUUCUCUUUUUCGUCUGUGUAGCCAUAUUUUGCUUAUCCGAUCGAAUCAGGUUAAAAGUACAGAAUGGACAAUUUUGCCGAGAGGGCCUUUGAAAACAGCUAUAACUUACAGUUCGGACUUAAUAGUUCACUGCAUUCGACAGAUUAACAAGUAUGAUUACCAGUAAAUACAACUGACUUCAAUGACUAUUUGUCGAGGACAGCUUGUCUUUAUACAACAUGGUCAAGUUCACAGCAUUGCGGAGUAUUGGCCGUGGCCAAUAUGCCGGAGCUGCCUAUACCAUAAAUUUAUUUCUGAUAUAGUUAAAAUAUACGGUUGCGGCCAAUACGGUGCAGCAGCCUAUUGUCUGGAAAAUACGGUAAUGCAUGUAAAUUGUUGCAAAAUUUUGUGAUUUUUUGUUUGUUAACUUUUAUAUGUGUACAUAUAUAUAUAUAUGAGCCGUGCCAUGAGAAAACCAACAUAGUGGGUUUGCGACCAGCAUGGAUCCAGACCAGCCUGCGCAUCCGCGCAGUCUGGCCAGGAUCCAUGCUGUUCGCUUACAGUUUCUCCAAUUCCAAUAGGCUUUAAAAGCGAACAGCAUGGAGCCUGACCAGACUGCGCGGAUGCACAGGCUGGUCUGGAUCCAUGCUGGUCGCAAACCCACUAUGUUGGUUUUCUCAUGGCACGGCUCAAAUAUAUAACACUUGCUUACUUUGGGAACAAUUCAGAUUUCUAAGGUAACAAGCUUUUUGGAAAGAAAUAAUGAUCAACAAAUGAUUUUAUACAAAAUUUUGAUUUACACAUGAUUUGGCUGAACUAAAGGUCUGAUACAUGUUUAUUUCAGAAUUGUUUAGGGAUUCAUUUUUUUGAUAAUCAUUGAUUGUCUGAAGAAAUUGUUUACAGGCAGCAGACUUGCAUUUUUUUGUGACAUCCCAGGGGUGGCGAAAUCUGAUUUUGACUUGCUUGUCCUUUUUUAUCAAUUGCUAUUUUGUACUUGUCCGUAUGAUGGUUAUAUAGUAAAUUCUGGUCAAAUUUUACUUGUCCGUACAAGCUUUGGGACAGCCUGGGCAAUACGGAUAAUUGAAUUUGCCACCCCUGCAUCCAUAUGUCACCAACCUUUCUUGCAAUAUUUUCGAAAUUUACAAAAGUUUUUAUAGUAUAAGAGGCUCUGAUUUGCAUUUAACAUGAUUGUAUUACCAUUAUAUACAGAAAGUGAGCAUUAGGAACCGGAACGUGGAAGUUGUUUGAUAGAUUUAUUUUCUAGUUUACAUUUUUUGUAUUCCAGUUCCAGUGUUCCCUGUAAAUAUUUUAGUGUUUUUUUUUCUUAUUUCACCAUUUUCAUAUUGUUGACAUGUACAUACACCUCAGUGUUCGAAAUAGUCAUUAUCCAUGCAUGAAAAUGUAAAAACUGGGUUUUCUUACUUUGUAUGGGUUAAACAGUGAAAGUGCUGAUCUUUUUGUGCUUGUUCUUGUUUGGAAUUGAACUGAAUUAAUGUUGUAUGUGUGAAACAUGUCAGAAUUGUACUAAGGCAUCGAGCCAUUCAUUUUUACUUCUUUUCUUAUAUUUUAGAGUCCAGAUGAACAACUAAAUGAACACCAUUCUUCCUAGAAUAUUUGCCAGUUCUAACAGGAUUGUAGUGUGUAUGUCCAGUGAAAACCUCAUCUCCUUUGUGUGUUUAGAUAAAUUUAAAUGUUGAUGUGUAGGUCCAGUUUUAAUGUGUGACAAUUUUUGGAAUGUCAGACCCUCAGUUUUGGUAUGCCAUGCUUUACAAACAAGUUUCAGUGAGAAAAAAUGAAAUUUUUGUUACCCAUUAGAAACUGUGAUUUUAUCAAGACUUUUUGAGAUGCUUAGGUUUGAUAGAACUUUAAGAAUAUUUUUCGCCAACAUUAUUUCUGUAUUAUUUUUCUUUUAGGGUGAUAUAACAUUUGAUAAAAAAUACUGUGAUUGAGAGCUGGUUGAUGGUUGAUUUUUUCCCUUUUUCCUUAAGUACCAGUGUCACUAUGCUAGUUUGAAAUUGUUGUGUUACUGGUAUUUACAUGUAUACAUUUAUAUACUAUUGAUUUGGUUGAAACAUUUACGUGACAGAUGUGUAUAUAUUUUUAAUAAUGCCCACUGUGAUUUUAGAUAAAAAUAUAUCCAAGUUGUUUAAAUCAGAGAGAUUGAAUAGAGUUGGCCCAAGUAAUGCUUUAAAGUUAUUUUGUGCAGCUUUCAAUAGACUUAAUAUCUGAUACAACAAGCUGUUUCAAGAUAAAACCUUCAAGCACUUGGUCUUUUAUAUGUCGAAAUCUGAGGGUGUAUUACUGGUAGUUGCCAAACUUCAGUGAAAUUAAUCAUGUUUUCACUUUCUACAAAUCUACAUGUAGUUCGACUUGUUCGAUAUAUUUGAAUGAAUCUGUCCCGGGGUUAAUAUCAGAAAAAAGUAAAACUAACCUUUCUAGUCACAUUCUUUUAAAUUUCAAAAAUCAUGCAACUGUAUUGAAAGAUAUUUAAGGACAGCUAUCCAGCUCCUUCAGGUUGUAGCCCUGUUGUUUUCCUUACUCUGUUAUUAGAUAUAUUAAUUGCCAUGGAGAAAAAACAGUUUCAAGGCUGUGCAUGAGCUUUGACUUGCAAAGUAUUUUCAAUAUAAUUUCAUGUCACUGCAUUCUUUUGUAAAAUUAAAACAGGGUCACUUUUUGAUGGUGAAACAAAUUCUUAAGGUAAUUAUUUACAGCAACAAACAUUUACUGCUGUGUAGUCCUGACAAAAGUCUGGAUUUAUCACCCAUACCUUUCACAUUUAACAAUUGUGCAUUAGGCAAAACAGCCACUGUUUAGUAUCAUAGAAUGAUUACUUAACUCUAAGGGAUUGGUGUCUUCUAAGUUUUAUUAUGCUCAUUUUGUAAGAGCCUAUGAAAGAUUCCAAGAUUGAUUCAUUGGUACCAAUAUAACUUGUGGUUAGAUACCUUUGUGUAUAUUCUACCUUUAUUUUUUUAAAUUUCUCUUGUUCGUUUGAUUCUCCACUAUUGAUAUUUAUGAAGUGCCAGGAAAAGAAUUAAAUUAACUAUGAAAUGAUUCUGAAAAUUAUAUGCAGAUGAAAAAGUUUUUAAAAUGGUUGUAAAUACUGUUGAUUUUAUUUAUAUUUUCACACAUGUUAUACCACCCAUUAUAAAAUGGUUGGAAAUGAACUGUUUAAGAUACCAUAUUACUGUCCUUUCUAAAUGGAUUUGUUUGGUUUUAUUUUAAUAUAGUUGACUAAGAAGCUGUGGCAAACGCUUUCAUUUGAAUAUAUUAUUUCAACAUUAACACAUGUUUGUGCACAAAACCAUGACCAAACUAAUUUGAGAUAAAUACUACAUGUUGUAAAUAGUUUGUUAUUUCAUUUUUAAACCUAUUACAUGUUUUGUAGUAUAAAAUGCAUCCAGAUGUUUACUAUUGAAAUACAAGUUACCUUCUGUUUAAUAUGCAAUCAUUAAUACGUAAGUAGUAAUGUUGAUGACACUGCACAAAACUUGUUACGUUACAAAUAUACUGCCUAGUGCAAAACGGUUGUAACUCAAAUAGAAUAAAGAAGAUACAACUGUUUUUCACUGAGCAGAUGAAAUGAUCCUCUUUAUAUAGAUGUAUUUUAAAUAACUGAAUUUUUAUGUACUAUAAGAUUUAUAAUUAUAGUUAAUGUUUAUCAUUCUCCUAAAAAUGUGUGUAAAUACUCCAUAAAACUGCAGGACAGGAGAAAAAUCCUGAUCAGUUAUAACAUGCCAAAAAAGAUGCAGCUAAAAUACAAAAGGCCAUUUGAUCAAACUUUUUUGAUGUACUAUAAACAAAAGCCUCUCUGACGUGCUGUGGAUAAUUCCCAGUUUUGUAAAAGAAAAAUGUGAAAAAUUGAGUGUCAAGAUAGAAAAAAAUGAUUUGAGCUGCCUUCUUGAGCUGUUUAAAGUUUUCUGCCCUUAAUUAUUAUUUUAAAGAUGUACCUAAUAAUAAAAUUUUGAUAUGUCAUAGUAAAGAAGUUGUUAUGUAGUCAUUGAUAGAAGCAAUAUUCAAUGCAAAAUUGUGUGUCUGUAAAUUUGUGUGAGACAUUGUUUUUUCCCACCCUCCUUUUUCUUGUACAGACUAUUUAUAUCAGUCAUUGGGGAAUUUUUAAAAAAUACAUUGCACAAACUGUGAUUUCUCCAUUAAUUGACAGCCUGCUACAAGAAUUAGAUCCCUAGAUGCAAGUUCAGUGUUAUACCUCCAGAACUUUCAUACAAAAUUAAGGUACUGAGGUCCAGUAUGAUUCAGUAUGUAACUCGCAUGGUUUGUUGAAAAAUUCUUGAUGAUUGAUUUAAGAAAUGAAAUGGAAAUAAUAUUUUUUAGACAUGCAUUAUUUUGCUCCUCUUUGAAUAGGGGCUUUAGUUUUGCUCAUUGUUGAUAGGGUGGUGUGUAGGUAGAACAUUUCGUUUCUUGUCAGUAUCUAGAGAAGGCUUGGUCUCUCAUUGGUCUAAUGCCUGUGGUGAGAAGCCUUAUAGAUAUAAGAUCAGAAGGUUGGCACAGUGACUGUUCAAAAACUGUUUCCACUCAAAAAAUAAUGAAGCUUUUUCCUUCAGUAUUCAAACUACAUUUGGUGAUUGCCUGUGGUCAGUAGAUGACCCAUAUAGUUCUUCAUGUCAGUAAAUUAAGGUUACAGCGACCAUGAUACUGAAAGUGUUUUCCAUCAGCAACUAAUGAAAGCUUUAGCCUGCAGUCAUCAAACUUCACAGGAUGAUUGCCUGUGAUCAAUAGAUAACCCAUGUUGUAUUGGGGUUCAGUAAGUCAAAGGUCAAGGUCACUGUGACUGCUAGAGUGAAAACCAGUUCUUCUUAAUUGCUAAAACAUACAGUCAAAGGUUUAGGUUACAGCAUAUAAAAUUACAUUCACUCUUGCAUUGAUCAGGCCAUCUUAGGGGCAUAUGUGAUUUACAAACAGCUUUGGUUAUUUCGAGUAUGCUUAGGAGAAAUUCUUUAUACAGUUUUUACAUUGAUGUAGACACGAGCAUUCAAGCGAGAAAAUAUUUGGGUUUUACUGUUCCUCCUCAUCAUUCACAUUCUUGUAAAGUGUUUACUGAUUAUAUAAACAAUGAAUUGUUUUGGUUUCAUUAAAUAUAAACAUGUUUAUUCUGCCUUUUCUGAAAUAAGAAAUAUUUUAGUUGCAGUUUUGAAAUAUAUACCAAAUGUAAUACUCGAAUAAGGCUUCAACAUCAUGACACAUUUUGAAACUACUCUCCGUAUGUUGUAUGUAACAUUAAUAGAUAUUCUAUGGUCUUAAAUUGUACAGUUGAAAGGUUGUAUUUUCUGUUACGAGAUGAAUAAAUGAACAACAAACACA